AUGAAAACAAUAAUAGAUGACAUCACUGGACCAUGUGUAUUAACGGGAGAUUAUAACACUAUUUUAACUAGUAAGGAUAGGAUACAUGGGAAUCCAGUCCAGGAGUUUGAGGUGAAAGAAUUUAAAGAUUUCAUUUGGGAGGUAGGGCUAACUGAGUUGAGAACAGUGGGUAGGAAAUAUACCUGGACAAACAAUCAUGUACAUAACAAGAUAGAUAGGAUACUUGUCAAUGUUGAAUGGAUCCAGAAAUGGCCUACAAUGGAGGGGACUGUGUUAAAGCCUGGGUUCUCAGAUCAUUGUCCUUUGAGCAUAACAAUCGAGGCUGAUCAACAAAAGGGAACUAGACCUUUCAAGUUUUUUAACUGCCUGACCCAACAUAAAGAAUUUGAGGAUACUAUGAACAAAAGCUGGACAAAAAGGAGUGAAGGAACUGCAAUGUAUAAGGUGUGGAAGAAACUAAAGAUGCUAAAGAUCAAAUUGAAGCAGCUGAAUAGCCAAGAUUUCAAUAGCACUGGACAAAGAAUUCAAACAACAAAAGUCAAGCUGGAAGGUAUUCAGGAUCAAAUGUUUGGACCUGGGAUUGACAUUGACAUAGUAGCUCAAGAAAAAGAGGCAAAAAUGGAGUUGGCUAAAUGGCUUGAGAUUAAGGAGAGUAUAAUGAAGCAGAAAUCAAGGGUUAAAUGGCUCAAGCUGGGAGAUUCAAAUACAGCUUAUUUUCAUGCCUAUGUCAAGAAUAGACAAGCAACAAAUUAUAUUGGACGAUUGAUUAAUAGCACUGGACAAAUACUCAUGAAAGCUAAUGAAGUGGAGACAGAAAUAUUGAAGUUUUACAAGCAGUUACUUGGAACAUCAGCAACACAGCUACCAGCAGUCAACACAGAAGUAAUGCAGCAAGGGUAUGAUCUAAGUAGACAACAACAAUUGCAGUUAAUAAGACCUGUAACUGGAGAUGAAAUAAAGCAAGCAUUCCAAGUAUUCUAUAAGAUUAUCUCAAAGAUCCUAACAACAAGACUGCAGGAAGUUAUGCUAGACUUGAUUGAUAGUUGUCAAACAACAUUUGUGCCAGGAAGGUUGAUCACAAAUAAUAUCAUAAUGAGUCAUGAAUUGGUUAAAGGCUAUGGGAGGAAGAAUACAUCACCUAGGUGUAUGUUGAAGAUUGAUAUGCAGAAAGCUUAUGAUUCCGUGGAAUGGGUGUAUGUUGAGCAAGUGAUGAGGUUAUUGGGGAUUCCAGAAAAAUUUGUAAAAUGGGUAAUGAUCUGCAUCAGUACAGUCUCUUAUUCAAUCAUUGUAAAUGGAAGACCAAGCAAGCCAUUUGAAGCAAAGAGAGGACUAAGGCAGGGGGAUCCUCUUUCACCAUUGUUGUUUGUGAUGGCUAUGGAGUACCUAUGCAGACUAAUGAAGCAGCUAGGAAACAGGAAAGAAUUCAGAUUUCAUCCAACGUGUGCAAGAGUCAGAUUAAUACAAUUGGGAUUUGCUGAUGACCUUCUACUAUUCUGUAAGGGAGAUGUGCAAUCUGUCAAGGCCCUACACAAUCAGUUUCUAAUAUUCUCUAUAGCUUCUGGGCUAGUUGCUAACACAAGUAAAAGCAGUGUGUACUUUGGAGGUGUAGACAACAGGACACAACAAGUGAUAAUGAAUCUACUAGGAUACACCAAAUGUGAUCUACCUUUUAGAUACCUUGGUGUUCCUUUGAGCACAAAAAGACUGACAGCAGUUCAGUGUGAACCUUUGAUAGAUAAAAUGCUCAACAGAAUCCAAUGCUGGACAGCCAAGUUUUUAUCUUAUGCAGGAAGAGCAACUUUGAUCAAAAGUGUGCUGGGAACAAUACAGAACUUCUGGGCACAAGUCUUUAUUCUACCAAAGAAAAUCAUACAGUUUAUUGAGGUAGCAGGGGGAUUAAAAUUCACAAAUAUAGAGCUGUGGAAUAAAGCUGCUCUUUGCAAACUUCUCUGGAACAUUUGCAAAAAGAAAGAGAAACUGUGGGUCCAGUGGGUUCAUGCAUACUAUAUAAAAGAUAACAACAUAUGGCAUACUGAACCAAAGAAUGCUUCAUGGGUUAUUCAGAAGAUUUUCAAGGCCAGGGAACAAUUUCAAGAGGCUAGACACUCAGAAGCUGAUGUGAGCGACAUGGAAAGAUUCUCUACCAGGAAGAUAUACAAAGAACUACAAGGGGAAUACCAAAAGUUGACAUGA